AUGGAUUCUCAUCAACUUCGUCCUGGGACGCCAGGCACACCCGCAAAAGCAAAUGGCUACGAGGAACACCGACCUCAAACACCAUCUAGUACUCACAGUUCAUCACACGCUGCGUCUCACAAGCGUUCCAUUACGAUUUCCAAGGGUUACACUGUCUCCAUAGUCCUCAUUUCUUCCGCCUUAGAGAUCAUCCUGGCUUCAAAAGAGGCCAAACGAUCUACACCUCUCCGCGAGAGCGCACACAAUGCCUUGGAUAUGAUACGUGUCGGUCAAGGUGGUGAUCGUCCACGUGAAAUUUUUGAGCCUCUACGGCUGGCAUGCGAGACGCGCAGCGAGAAACUCAUGAUAGCGAGUCUGGACUGUAUAUCCAAGCUCAUUUCGUACUUGUUCUUUGCGGAGCCAUCAUCUGCACAGGCACUUCCUUCGCCGCCUCCGUCACCUUCCAUGCCAGGAAGACGCUCGAUAGCUAGUGCUUCUCAUUCUAGCCUUCCACAGCCUUCCCUGGUUGACCUGGUCGUCCAUACCAUCACAACAUGCCAUAGUGAUACCUCCACUGAAACGGUCUCUCUGCAGGUUGUCAAAGCGCUUCUCUCCCUAGUGCUUUCGCCUACUAUAUACGUACACCAUUCGUCACUGUUAAAGGCUGUCCGCACGGUUUAUAACGUAUUUCUUCUCAGCACGGACCUGGUCAAUCAAAUGGUCGCUCAAGGAGGACUGACCCAAAUGAGGCCAUAUGAAUCUGCCGCUGAAAUGUCCCCACAUCCUGGUGUCCCUUCCCCCCCUUCAUCUGUUCAUGAUCCUGACGUUCCGGAAGGAACGAUUAGUCCCGCGCCCCCUGCUACACCUGAGGCCGCAGAAAAUGGACACGCUGCAAGAGAGUUGAGCACGCAGGAUAUGUUUAUCAAGGACGCCUUUCUGGUUUUCCGAGCCUUGUGCAAAUUGACAAUGAAGCCCUUGAAUACGGAGAGCGAGCGUGAUCUCAAAUCUCAUGCCAUGAGGUCUAAACUCUUGUCUCUCCAUCUCGUGCUCACCAUCCUCAAUUCGCAUAUGGCACUAUUCGUUGAUCCGAAAGCCAUAAUCUACUCUUCUUCCACGAACGAGGCAACUACUUUUGUUCAGGGGGUCAAUCAAUAUCUUUGCCUCAGCUUGAGCCGCAACGCAGUUAGCCCCGUGCCCCAAGUGUUCGAAGUCAGCGUGGAGAUCUUUUGGCGAGUGUUAUCAGGAAUGCGAACGAAGCUGAAGACCUCAACUCUCAAGCAGAAGGCUGUAAUCCUUGGAACGCUCUCAAGGCUUUGCCAGGACCCGCAGGCUUUGGUGGAGAUAUAUCUCAACUAUGACUGCGGCAGCGAAGCUACAGAUAAUAUAUACGAGCAUCUUAUGAACAUCAUCUCCAAAAUUGCUACAUUACCUUAUACUUCCUCGCAACAAAAGACGAAUGACCCUGCAAGCCCGGCGCUCCCGCCACAGACGAAGAGCUCAGCGUCGACGGCACACGUGUCGAGCGCACUAACUGUAUCCGGCACCAUGGACACGUCCACCAUGGGUCUUUCCGAGGGGCAACUUAGAAGGCAGGGUCUUGAAUGCUUGGUGGCUGUUCUCAGAUCUCUUGUGACUUGGGGAACAGCCGCUGGGAAAACCUCUGCGGAAUCUGCAACCGCCGAUCCUGCCUCAAGAAGCCAGACUGGGGAAGAGAUUGCAGCCGACACUAUGACGCCUGAUCCUUCGUUAGAUAGGUUGAUUGCUUCUGCUGCAAGCACGGAAGCCCUUCAGCAAUCAACUCCGGACACUGCCGACGAUCCCUCCAGGUUUGAGAGCGCAGAGCAAAAAAAAGACUAA